AUGUGCUCGACAGCUGAAGACGACACGACGCUAACCGACCAGGAACUCUCUGAUUAUUUACAAAAAUAUGGCUUUCUGUCGGUGAAUAGCGGGGGCGACGGCGACGACGACGUGUCUCUCACUCAGAUCGAUCCGGUCAGUUUAGAGCAAGCGUUAAUGGAUUUUCUGGAAUUGUACAAUCUACCAAUGGACGGUACUCUAAACAAUGAGACCAUAGCGCUAAUAAAAAGCCCCCGCUGCGGAAUAGAAGAAAAUGCUUUCACAACCGCCAAUGCGACGAUUGCCAACCAAGUUUUCAAAAUUUGGAGUUCCUUUUCCAAUUCAGAAUUCGCUUACAAUUACAUGAAGCCCGAUAUUCUGAUUCUAAUCACCGAUAAAUCGUACGAACAUAAACAAAGCGUAAGAUGUCAAGGCAACGGAUCAUGUAGUUAUAAAUUUGACGGAAAAGGUCAAGUUUUGGGUCACGCAUUUUUUCCCAAUACAAAUCAAAAGUGUGUGGAAAUCCACCCGCACUACAAACGAGUUUGUAUACCGUGCUAUUACACGAAAUCGGACAUACCCUCGGCUUAG